CCCAGAUGUGGUCGACCCAGAAUGGAGAACUUUUGAAAACGAAACUCCUCUGAUCUUGGCAGCACGCGGCGGCCAUUUUGAGUGUGUGCGGACUUUGCUGGACUGUGAUGCUGAUCCAACAGCAGAAACUAAGGAAAUGUUCACACCCUUGUGGGAGGCGACAGGUGCAGAUAGUUUUGAAUGUGUGAGACUGUUGAUGAGGAAGGGUGCAGUAGUUCAGAUAAACUACCAGAAUUACACAGGGUUUACACCACUCCAUACCGCCGCUGAGCGGGGCUACACCCACAUCCUCGACUAUCUUAUCAAACAUGGAGCCAGACUUGAUGUGUGUGCUGACGUGGACAUGACGCCAAUAUUUCUCGCAUCACAAUUUGGCCACAAGGACUGCCUACAAAUCCUCCUACAGACUGCCAGGGAAAAGGGUCAAUUGGAUCUAGUGAACAAAACAACACAUGACCAUGCAACACCCCUUCUGAUAGCCUCCCAGGAGGGCCAUGAAGACUGCAUACGUCUAUUGCUUACUAACGGUGCUGACCCCAACAUUCCUGUCAAUGACCUUAAUGCUGUGGCUGCUCACUUUGCUGUGUACAAGGAUAGACCAAGGUGCCUCCAGUUGGUGUUACCAGUAACAAGACAAGACGUUCUCUUCAACUCGGUCAACACCAUGAUGCAUCCAUUAAUACUUGGCUUAAAAUUGAAAAACACAACCUGCCUGGAAAUCCUUAUUGCUGCAGGAUUGAACGUGAAAGCAUUUCUUCCAUUGAAUCACGACUUGUUUGAGAUGGACCAACAUCUGUUGUUUACUGUGCUAAGAUAUGAUAACAGCGCCUCUGUGCUCUGUCACAUGGAGGAGAACUGGCCCAGUCAAGGAAUUGAAUUCCUCCUCCGUGCAGGUCUUCCAUGCAAUAUACAGAACCCACAGGAGUUACCUCCCUUGAUAUCUGCUCUGUCGAAGGCGGAUUUUGAUCUGUUUCUGCUUCUUCUGAAGUAUGGUGCUAACCCCAAUAUUUACCAUGAACGUGUUGGGGGUAACCUCCCCAUUCUUUUGGCAUUGAGAAAUGACUUGCUGCCAAAGUUGAUUGUGAUAGACAUGGAAACAAGACGGAACUUGUUUGGGAAAUAUCUAAUUCCAUUACUGAUGGCCGGUGCUAACGCCCAGUCUUGUUUCAGUGCUCUCAACGUUAUCACGGAGGAACUGGUAUAUGACCUACACCAGGUGUUACAGGACACUAUUGUGUGGACCAACCUGUUUCCUCUUCUUGUUCUAAUAUUGUGUUUCACAAGUAAUGUGUCUCUGGACGAAAAACUAUGUGUUCUGGCACAACAGUUCAAGGCGGACAGAUUACUAAAGAAGAUUGAAG